AUGGUCUCUCUUGAGCGACAUGAAAGACCAUUGGACAAUAGCGAAGCGACAUUCACCUUAACAGCUAGAGGGUUACAAUGUCCAACAGAUAGCGAGCAACAUCGGCUGUUCAAAGAAGCUUUGGAGGAAACAACACUACAGAAUGAUCUCAUUCAGUGUGUUCCCAGCAUGCGUAAAUCCGUUAAUCCCAACGCCGGCACCAUCAAAAGGAAAAGAACAGAAGAUUCUGAAGAAACCCCACACUUGAUUCAAAGAAGAGGGGACAGUUGCAGCGAUACGGUUGAUACAUGGGCAUGCAUACACGGCCUCGAUUGUCGGUAUGUGCAGAACUGCGUACCUGGCAUCUCAUGCAAGGAUACGUCAACAAAAGAAUGCAAGCUAGAUGAGUGCAACGGCAAAUCAAAGGAGAUGCAUUGCAGUAUUGCGAACAAGGUUGCCCAGGAGGCGAAAUUUGACGAACUGACCUUGGAGGUUGAGAUUGCUGAUGAGCCUGGGGCGGAGGCAUAUGGCCAGGUCGUUGCUGAUAUCGGAGGGGGGAAACCAAUUCCCCUAUUCAAUGGAAUUUCAAGGGGAGAAAACGUUUCAGUCAGCGUUAACAUUCCAGAUGUAUACGGAGAAAAGAAAGACAUAUCGCUGAAGGACUUGAGUGUUCUCAAGCUACUGCACAGGCCUGCCAUUAAAUUUAGCCUUUAUGGUAGCCUCCCGCCGCCCUGUGAUUAUUUCAAGAUGAAAAGUAUUCGAUUGCGCGUACGCCACACUGCUACGGGCCUUUACUUCCACCAUGCCCCUGUUGUGAAUCCAACCCCAGUCGGCCAUUGCGGAAAACAAAUGAAACCAGUCUGGGCUGGAGAUUUACCCUUGGAAAAGUGGCAAGCGGAAAUCGGGAAAGAAAAUGAUCAACAACUUUGGAAAUGUCUGGCCAAAAUUAUAGAGGAAAUCGGAUUUUUCCGAAUGCAAGUCAGCGUUUCGAUACUGAACCCGAAAUGCCUGGAUCGGAUACUAGAGAUGGCUACUGAGAAAUAUUACAUUGGGCCGCAAGAGUGA